GGGGCACUAGUCGUCUCUUUGCGAGUCUCCGGAAAAUCACCACCAUGUUGAUAUUAGUGCUAUCUUUGGCAAUAGCCGUCACCGUCGAGGGUCAGGGCUACCACGGGGAUCCCAGAACAGCGGCGAUCCUAGCCGAGGAUCGCUACCUGCAGGCCGACGGCCGUUUCGGCGCCCAAUACCAGCAGGAGGACGGCGUGAACUUCAAGGAAACGAGCGCCCCCGACGGCACCCGCCAAGGCAGCUACUCCUACAUCGAUCCCAACGGCCAAAGGCACACCAUCAGCUACACCGCCGGCAAAAACGGCUUCAUGGCCACCGGCGACGGCAUUCCCCAGCCCGUACCCACCACCUUACCGGUCGCGCCCCAGCCGAAUUACACCCCUUUGCCCCAGUACAACCCUCCGGAGAUUUACCGACCGAGGGCCCAGCCGCAACCGCAAUACCAGCCCCAGCCGCAGUACCAACCUGAGCCCCAGUACCAGCCUCAGCCUCAGUACCAACCUCAGCCGCAGUACCAGCCUCAGCCGCAGUACCGACCGCAACCGCAACCGCAGUACCAGCCGCAGCCGCAGCCGCAGUACCAACCUACGACCCCCAACCCCCACAGGUUCUAUCCGCCGGGAAAGCUGUCGUUGAACAGGUCCCCGGACGGGUACCAAUUCAGUUUUAAGAGUGCUUAAGUUUGGGGGUUUUCUCUUAGGUAGGCUGUGUUUCGAUUUAGAGUAACUCUUUCAUCGUUUAUUAUACGUGAAAAAUACAGCUAGUGUUCACUUAUUCAAUAUUGUAUACGAAUGUACUAUACUUUACUGUCCAUAUUUAUUUAUAAUUUGUACAAUAGACUGAUGAGUACUUAAAAAUUAUGAUUCUUUUUUAAACUUUAUUCCUGUUUCUAUUAUACGCUGGUUAAUUA